AUGGAUGUAUUUAAAGACUCUGAGGACCGAUUCCGAACCUGGCAUUUCCCUUCAUCCAACUUUACUCUCCUGAUGUUUUGGUCCAAAUUUCUUGUGAAGUCAGAGGAAAGAAUGGUGAAUAAUUCUGGCUCUGGCAGUUUUGACCUUCAUCUCGACGAGGUUGAUGAGAAGUGGGCCUCAAGACUCCCUGGAUUAGACUAUGUCAUCAUCUCUAGUGCUCACUGGUUCUUCAGGAAAAACUACUUAUAUGACCAGGGCAAAUUAAUCGGGUGUGUUUACUGCAACCAUCCAAAUGUUCAGGAAUUAGGCCUCAAUUACUCCUUGAGAAUGUCAUUUCGAACAGCCCUAAAAUACAUCAACAACUGCAAAAAAUGCAAGAAAGAUAUAGUGACCUUAAUAAGGACAUUCUCACCAGCACAUUUUGAGAACGGUGCUUGGGACACUGGAGGUAGUUGUAAUUGGACUAGCCCUCAUAGCAAAGAGAAGGGUAAGGAGAUGAAGAAGAGCUUCGAGUUAGAGUUGAGAAAGAUACAAAUGGAAGAACUCGAAAGGGCUAGCAAAGAGGAGCAGGGAGAAAGGCAGAGGAAGUUAAGGGCUUUGGAUAUAACUUGGGCAAUGUUAAUGCGGCCUGAUGGUCACCCUAGUGAGUUCUGGGGUAACAAAUGGAUGAAGGGGUAUAAUGACUGUGUUCAUUGGUGCAUGCCCGGUCCUAUUGAUGCGUGGAACGAUUUCUUGUUGACUGUGUUGCAGAAAGAGGUUGGAUUAUCCUCGUGA